CCUCCAUCACUAUACUAUACGUACGCCUUUCCCGCCCGCAACCCCAGCCGAAGGGCUUCCAUAACAAGAGAGAGAGAGAGAGGAGUAUAAAGUGCACUGACCACCCGGCCGGUACCGCAGUUCUCGCUCUCUCAGCUUGCCUGGAGUAUCACAAGAUGGGGACCACCACCAGACUGCUGUGUAUAGUGCUUCUGGUAGCAGGGGCCUGCAAUCCCUUCCCGCAGUACGCUGGGCAGCCACAGCAAGACCAAGAUGAGCCACAGCAGCAGCAGCAGCAACCAGAACCAUCACUGACCGAGCUCACUGAAGAACAGAAGGAAGGCCUGGCCAACUUCUGGUGGCAGAAUCAGGGCGUCUUCGAUACCCAGAAUCCUGGGGGAACAGUUGUCGUCGUCCAAGAACAGGGCACUCAGCCAGAAGCACAAGGUCCUGAGGAUUUUGCAGAUACCUUCAUUCCUACGCCUUCACCAGACUGUGCCCCUCGCGAAGGCUGCAUUCCCUGGCAAUACUGUGUUGAUGGACUUUUCACAAACACAGGUGAAGGACUACUUUCACUUCGCACACCAACUAAAGUUCCAGAAACCUAUACACAAAAGUUAUGUGGACAAAUAGGGAACCUCUGCUGCCGUAUUCCAGACGAACUUCUUGCAGCCCAGCAGCAAGGUCAGUCCAGCAAUGCUGGACCUUAUGGAGCUGGAGGUGAAGGGAUUAUUGAAGUCACAAGUACUGGCGAUGCAGCUGGUGUUGUAGCACCUGUUCAGGGGCAAACUGGCGAAGCUGUUGUUGGCUCUCAUGCAACAAGUGGUCCCGGUCCCGAUGUGUCUGGCCAUGUUCAGAUUGCCGAGGUUGUUGGUUCUGCCGUUGAUGGCACAGUGCAAGUUGCAGACCAGACUGGGGUACCAUCUACAUCAACUGUAGUUCAGACAAGUGGAGGGGGAGCAUAUGGCACAGGAAAUACUGGGGACCUAACUGAAGUGGUUACCACCAUAAAAGAUACCGGAUGUCCAGCUCAUACACACGAUUGCGUUCCUCACUACCAAUGCAUUGAUGGGGAAAUUAACACCUCUGGUGCUGGCCUUAUUGAUCCCCGCAUUCCACCAAAGAAGGAAUGUACUAGUCCCGAUUAUCCCAACGUACCAGGAAAGUGUUGUAGGAUCCCAGGUGCCACACCUCCACCAGCACCAAAACCUGUACAGACUUGUCCAGGAAAAGCAGAGUGCGUCUCCAAAGACCUCUGUAAACACGCUGGAGUCGGACACCAGAAUCCAAGCUCAAAUCUUGCAUGCUACCUUGACUAUGUUGACGACACAGACUUUACAGCUGGAGUUUGCUGUGAGCCUCCAGCACCUGCUCACUUGGAGACAUGCCCUGGUAGUCAGCACUGUGUGGCUAAUGGAGCAUGCGCUGCCCACAGUGUUGCUCAAUUCGAUCCUUCCAAAAUCCUUACCUGUCACAUACCAGGUGGGUCAUUAACUGGUGUGUGCUGUGAUCAUCCUCCUGCGCCAAUAGGUCCUACCCCUUUGACCGAAUGUCCCGGCACCCAAGAGUGCGUGGAAAACCAUCUGUGCUCAGCUGAUGGCACCAUCGUUACAGAUGGUGCUGGUCUGAUCAAUCUUCGAGUAUAUCAUAAAGUUUGUUACCUUGAUGCUGCCACUUCUACCACUGGAGUGUGCUGCCAACCUCCCACUCCUCCAGCCCCAACUCCAUUAAAAACAUGUCCUGGUAACCAAGUCUGCGUAUCUGAGGCCAGAUGUGCAAGUGCAGCAGCUUCUGGCACAGCAUCUACCGGCUAUGAUGCUUGCAUUUCUACUGAUGCUGCAACUGGCACUGGAGUUUGCUGUGACUCUCCCAUACCAAUCGUCGAAGUAUGCCCGGGCGAUUCUGUAUGUAUUCCUGAGACACUUUGCCAGGGUGAAAUCCUUAAUGCUAAAGAGGAAUACAUUCCAUUGGGUACUACUGGUGUUUGGACUCGGUGUCCUUUAAGUGGAGACCUCAGCACAUCGGGCGUUUGUUGCCGCAAUCCUGGAAAACAAGCUGACCCAAGUGAUUACACAGCUGCUGGACAGUGUGGUGUAAGAAAUGCAGCUCUUGAUCUGCGCUCAAGUCCUCUCCUUCAAAAGAAUGAAGCUCACUUUGGCGAAUUUCCUUGGCAGGCAAUUGUAUUCUUCACUAACUUCACCUUCAAGUGUGGUGCUUCCAUUAUUGAUGAUCGAUGGCUUCUCACUGCAGCUCACUGUGUACAUGGCUACAAGCACGAUGACUUCAAGGUCCGGCUAGGAGAGUGGCAAGUGGACAAGUACGAAGAACCCCUCAAAUAUCAGGAUGUGAACAUUAUUUCCAUCACAGUUCACCCCAAUUUCAAGUCUGCCUCUCUGCACAAUGAUAUAGCACUCAUCGAACUUGAAACUCCUCUCACUUUCCAGUUUCACAUCAACUCAGUCUGCCUCCCCAAUGCCAACCAGAUACCUGAGAGUGGAACACGCUGCUUUGCCUCCGGAUGGGGUAAAGACGCAUUCAACGGCAACUUCCAAGCCAUACUCAAAAAGAUCGACGUACCGUUCGUCACAAGGGACUACUGCCAACAGUUACUCAGGAAAACUCGACUUGGCAAGUACUUUGUCCUAGACAAGUCCUUCAUGUGUGCAGGUGGAGAGGAGAACAAAGAUGCCUGUGAGGGUGAUGGAGGUGGACCUUUGGUCUGCGAAGACCCAGCCACUGGGAGAUACUACGUUGCUGGCAUUACUGCCUGGGGAAUCGACUGUGGGGUCAAAGAUGUCCCUGGAGUCUAUGUCGACGUGCAGCUCUUCAGACCAUGGAUCGAUGAGAUAAUUGCCCCGACUGAGCAGCAACAGCAGGGUCCCUCUGGUUAUGGGCGGUGAAGAGGUACUUGUGAGCACUCAGAACUGUAUAGCACCAAUAAAAAAAGUUGAUUACUUUAUGUAUUUAUGAGGCAUUUAAUAGUUAUGUAAUACUCAUAAACCAAUACUCUGUGAUACUUUUCUAGGUAAAUACAAUCCAAAUAAAAUUUGAAGUAA